GAAGCUACUGCGGUGCGUGGCAGAAGAAAGUGGGCCCUAGGCUUAUCGGAAGCGAUCGUUCGGGUGUGCUGCUCCGCGCGGCAACCGGUUUAAAGUGUGCUGUUGCGAAUGCCGUUGUAGCGAUCGCAAUCGCAAAUUCGCACACCGCACCGCGCCACGAUAAACAUCGAUUGGCCGAUUGCACACACGCCGCGCAAAUCGCCGCGCACACGCUCCGUUAUCGGGUCGGCCAGGGACGAAUCAAUUAGCGAAUCAAUAGCACCAAAGACCGACGGGCGACGGUGGCUCUAAAUGGCGGCACUUAACCAGGCACUCGUGCUGGCACUUGAAAGCAACCCGAAGGAGCUGUACCUAGUCGCGACCGAGACGUUGCUCCGGCUGCUGGACAACAUUAUACGCGAGCCACAGAACGUCAAGUUUCGGACAGUGCGGCUGGAGAAUCCGUCGAUCAAGGAGAAGCUGCUGUCGGUGGUGGGCAUGAAGCAGCUGAUGCUGGGGAUCGGAUUCAUCGAAGCGAACGGUACUCUCACCGUGCCCUCGAACGUGCUGCUGGCCAACCUGCGCAAGUACCGUGAGUACAUACACGAGCGGAAGGAGCUGAUAAAAAAUCCCCCCCGAAAGGUGCACGCCGUCGGAACCGGGUCGAACGGUGGCGGCACAGGUGUUAAUUGUGGAGAAAGUGACGUCGACAUGACCUCGUUCGCGUCUUCAACGGCCAGCGGCGCUGGAAAGGUGGAAGAAAGUCCCAAUCCGCCGGUCAACGGUCCCCCGAUCAGGGCAAGCAGACCGUUCCUGGCGCGGAUUGACUUCCCACGGGUGCUGCCGGUGGGUAACGCGAUGCUGCAGCAGCUGGAAAUGUUGUCCGAUCAGGUGAUGCAGUACGAGGACGAUCUGCUGCUGGCCAGUGGCCGCACACUGAUUCCGCUGGAGCGCCUAAAAACACGGGCCACCGACAAGCAGGCCCAGUGGCGACGGAUACUGCAGGGUGGGCGCACCACCGGAACCGAACAGGAACCGAGUCACGAGGAUCUGGUGGUGGAGGAACUGACCGCUUGGUUUAGGGGCGAGUUUUUCCGUUGGGUAAACGCGCUACCCUGCACGGUGUGUGGCAACGAAAAGACCCAGCUGGUGCAGAGUACCGUCGAGGAUGGGGUCCGCGUGGAGGUGUACCGGUGCUGUGGUCAGUUGCGCCACUUCCAUCGCUACAACGACGUGGAAAAGUUGCUUCACACGCGCCGUGGCCGGUGCGGUGAGUGGGCCAACUGUUUCACAUUCCUUUGCCGCUGCCUCGGUUACGACGCGCGGUACGUAUUCUCCACCGGCGAUCACGUGUGGACGGAAGUGUGGUCCGAGCACCGGCAACGCUGGAUCCACGUGGAUCCGUGCGAGAACGUGCUCGAUGCGCCGCUCAUGUACGAGCACGGAUGGAAGAAGGAGAUUUCGUUCGUAUUCGCGUUCGCCCGGGACGAUGUCCAGGACGUUAGUUUUCGCUACUCGAACGAUCACACCAAGAUGCUCCAGAGGCGACGUACGGCGUGCCGCGAACCGCUCCUGCUUGACGCGGUCUGGAAGCUGCGGGCCAAGCGACGUUCGAAGCUUGGCGUAGCUCGGUUGGCUUUCUUGCGGCGCCGAACGUUCGACGAGUGCAUUCAGCUGUUGGCGUGCGCCGGCCGGGUGCCGACGGCCGGCGAACGGGAAGGGCGCAGCUCGGGCAGUCUCGAGUGGCGGUUGCAGCGGGGCGAGCAGCAGGUCAACACGCGCUACAUGUUCAUCCCGACGGCGGACGAGGUGCAAGCGCGACAGUUCAACAUCCGAUACUGUUGCGCCACCGAUCGCUACGAACGGUUCUUGAAAGGUUCCAGUAAUCGGGUGAAUGAGCGGAUUACAGAAACUUCGAACGGCUGGGAAAGUCGACAGUACAUGAGCAAGAACAUCUUCCGCAAAGAGGAGCACGACUGGAAGAUGGUCUAUCUCGCCCGGACCGAGGGCACCGAAGAGGCUAGCAUCGAGUGGUACUUUGACUUUUCGGUGCAGGGUUUGCGCGUGAAGCAGGUCGAGCUCCGCUUCGGACAGGAGACGUACGAGAACGCCAAGGUGGACCUGUACUACAUCAAGGGUGACGGAUCCCAAUCCCAGGCACUGUCGUCGCUGUGCGAAUGCGGCAAGUUUACGCUACAGGCCCGUCUCUCGGGUGGCAGCUCGUGGCAGCACGCGCAACUCUUCCGGCAGUCCCAGUGCUCCACGGACGAGUACCCGUUCGAGAUGAACGUCAUUUUGAUGUAGAAUCAGCCCCCGGGCACGCACCGGCUCCACUGGAGCUGAGCGCGUGCCUCGCGAUAGAAGCAAUAGAAAGGCGAGGCUAAUUCGCGAGACCGGAAGUCUUUCGAUACCUGGAAGCGCGCGCGCGCCAACGUACCGGACCCGCCGCCUCCCCCCCCCCUAAACGCUAGUCCCACCUGCUGCUGUCGGUGGAAUAUUUAAUGGACACACACAUUUUA